AUGGUUUCCAAUAAGCUAAUUGCGGCUGCGUUUGCAAACCUGGCCUUGUUAGCUUCUGUGAAUGCAGGCCCAUGUAAGCCCCAGAGCAUCGCGACCUCUGCCACUGACAUUGGCUCUACAAUUCUUGUGUCCGAUACUACCACUGCCCUUUCCACUGCCAUCGAGACCAGUACUGCGAUCAGUGAGACCGAGACGGCAACCGAGACAGAGACAACUACCACGUUGACUGAGGCUGGAACAACUACGAGCGCGUCCGUGAGCGAGGCGUCAACGACCAUCGUCAUCAGCGAGAGUACUACAGUCGUCAGUAGCAGCGACACUACACUAGUCACCAGCAGUGAGGCUACUACAUUACCCACCACCACCGAAGGCACAACGACCGUGGCCGAGAGCGCUACAACCACUACAACCGCCGAAGCAGAGCCAACAGAACUUCUCAUCAACGGCAACUUCGACCUCGGAACAGUAGACCCCUGGCUAUCGAGCAACGAUGCCAUUCAACUUGGCUCCUCCUCGCCCUACCAAGGACCAGUUUACGCACUCCUCCAGUUCGGAAUAUCUGAUGGUGCAUCUUACAACAACUACGUAUAUCAAAAGAUCGACAAGUCUCUUCUCAAAACAGGCGUCUAUCACUUCUCUGCUCAGGUCCGCGUUGAUUUUGCGACUAAUACCCAGUUUGGCGACGGGUGCAACGCAAUGAGCAUAGGCUGUUCCUAUGGGGACCCUAAUAACUUGGUUCGUGUCCAGGGAUCCACGGUAACAGUCGCCGCAGAUGAUGCUGCUGGUCAAUGGAGCCCUCUGGAUACUACUUGUUCACUUACGGAGGAUAAGCUGUCUCAGUAUGGGUAUGUUAGUGUUGCGAUUGGAUUUAGCUGCGCCAACGCUGAGGCCAACGUCGAUGCGGUGACAUUCGAGGAAGUUGUUUAG